AUGUGCUCAGUAAAUACUGUUAAAAUAAGGACUGACCAGAUGAAGGGUCCCCCUCUUGCUCUGUUUCUCUUCUUAGUUCUGUUGGCUGUGGUAGAAGUAAGAAGCAGGCAGAAUGUGAAGCUCUGUGGUCCGGACUAUGUGAGAACAGUCAUCUACAUCUGUGGCAGCUCACGGUGGAGGAGACACCUGGAGGCGGCUCUCCAUGCUCAACAAGCUGAGACAAGAAACCACCUCCAGCUCCCAGACAGACAGGAGACAUCCAGGGAAACUCUGGAGCACAGCCUUCCCAAGGUGGAUCUCUCAGGACAGGAGCUUGUUCAAGACCCACACGCGCCCACGGAAGGUCUUUGGGAACUGAAGAAGCGCUCGGUAGUAUCUAGACAAGAUUUGCAAGCUCUGUGCUGCAGUGCAGGCUGCUCCAUGAGGGAGCUCAGCACCCUCUGUUAG